CAGUUGUCUUAUGUAGAAGUCUACAGUGGUUAUAUAGGUUAUGAAUCGGUAUCCGUGUUUUAGUACAUUGAGCUUUGAAUUAUGUUAUAAUAUUGUAUUAAAACAUAUAUAAAGAGAAAUUGUUAUAAUGGCUAUUAAUAGAUUAUGUACAACAUUUCGACAAAUAAUUAUAAACAAACAAAGUAAUAUCAUUGCAAGGUAUUAUUCUCCUUCUGCCGCAAAAAUACAAAAUAAUGUUUUCUCUCCAUAUUUUCUUAAAAAUGAAACACAUGCAGCAUAUCCUGAAAUGCAUGUUAAAUUUAUGCCAAAUACACUUAAUAUAGAUUUCGGAAAUCCAGAUAAUCCUCUAAAAAAAAAUAUAAACGAAUUACCACUAUCUAAAAUUAUAUCAUCGAUACAAGAACCUGUAAUACAACAGUCUAUACGAGAUAAACUACCUUUUGUGGAUAAAUCUUAUAAUCUUCCUACUAUGGAAAAUGUUACAGAAAAAUUAGCAAUACGUUUAAUAGUAAUCAGAAGAAAAAAAAUGAAAAAACACAAGAGGAAGAAGCUACGUAGGAAAAUGAAAGUUGUAUGGGAAAAAAUAAGAACCAGGCGUAAUGUAGCAAAAGCAAAAGCUCUCCACGCAGAAUUACUUAAAAAAAUUAAAAAAGCAGAAGCAUUUGAUGCAAGAGAAUAUAUUAACAAAAAAAUUGCAUUUAUAAAAAAGGAAAGGAUACCACAAACGUACAGGGGUGAAAUAUUACCAAAAGCUAUGAUAAAGGAAUUUUUAGCAGCAGACAGAGAAAGGAAGGAACGUAGACGUAAUAAACCUCGCUUAACUCUUGAUUAAACAUAUGUACUAUAUAAGCAUUUCAAUAUCUUUCACUAUGUAGAUUGAAAUUUGUAAAAUAUUAUGUACAAAUAAAAUAAUUUGAAAUUUGAUAAAUUGUACAUGUUUUGAAGAAAAUGAUAGUAAUAAUGUAUAGGAAGAAUAUAAUAUUAGAUUGCACAUUAAAUAUAUUAAAAAUGUUUAAUUUAUAUUUAUAAAACAUAGUUUGCAUUGAUGAAAUUCAUAUAAAUUGUCAGACCAUGUUUUUACAAACAUUACUAAUAUAGCACUUAAUUACAUUAUCUUUUAAUUAUUUAUAUAUAUACAAGUAUUAUAAUACUAUGGUAACAAUAAAUAGCACCUUUGGUUCCUUGUACGUGGAUUGAAAAAUUUUCAAGGCACAAUUAUUCUGUGUGUAUUUGUAAAAAAAAAGUUAAACAUUUUUAUGAGUAUAUUUGAUACUUCUUAACGUUUUGUACUUUUAUAAAAGAAUGUUAUUGCCCUAUUUGGGAGAUGCACGACGUGAAUUAUAAGUCAAUAAAUACGUAUCACUGUGAAUUAAAAAGAUACUAUACAAAAAUGUAAAACAGAACAAUAAAAUAUACAUAUACAUA